AUGGGUGAUGCCAGGCCCAGGACGGAGGUGUGUCCUUAUUGUCAGAAGCCAUUUAAGCGAUUAAAAUCCCACUUGCCUCACUGUAAGAUGGCAGGAGCGCCCAUAUCUGCUGACCGAAAGCUGUAUCAGUCCAAGCCAGCUACACUUCCACGUAAAGCUAAAAAAGAGAAGAGCCCUACCAAAGACUUAGCCAAAGCCAAAGAGAACGAGCUAAAGACAGAGAGUGCAGAAACAAAGGUGAAAUCAGAAAAUAGCAGAUCAGAAUGGGCAGCUGCGAGCUCUCCACUACCAGUGCGGGUCUCCGAAAGAGGUGCAUCAAAGGCAGGAGGAGAAACCACAGAUCAAAAUCAAUUGUGUUUCCCAGCACUCGGACAUGCCAAGCGAAAGGUGGCUCCACAGUCCCCUGUGUCAGACGCCACCUCUCCCAUGAGAGAGCUUACCAGAGAUGAGUCAAAGUCCAAGGGAAGUCCCCGCCGUCCUUCAGAGAUGGAGGCAGCUUCACUAGUCAGCUCAGGGGAUCCUUUUUUAUCUAUCCAAGAUGGAAAACAUUCAUCAGCUCAGCUGCAUGCACAGCCAGCCACUUGCACCAGUCUCAGAUUGGGCACAGUUGAUCCCCAGAGACAGAAGCAUCUGGCAAAAUUACUAGAUAUGUCUACUAGUAACUGUCAUUCUCCAAAGAGUGGCAGCCUUGGGGUUCAGAGAGGACCCCCAGUGUUAAGCACGGAGAGCAGUUCCCUAGAUGGAGACCACCUCUCAGGAGUGUCUCCCCACCCUGGCAGCACCGAAACCCAGAAGUCAGAAUCAGUCCUCUUGGGCCUUCGCACUGUCCCACUGGGUAAUGCUCGGGUUAGAGAGCACCAGGAACUUGGCCUUGGAAUAGAGUUGUGCCAGAGCAAGGAAAAUCCUGACAACAGGCAGCCUGCCACACAGGCACAGGAACGAGCUUGCUUGAGCCGCGGUGGGAAGGACCCCACUUCAGCCACAAAAGCGAAACCGCAGGCUGCUCCAGCACGGCUGAAUGUGUCUGCUCCACCAGAGGGAGCUCUGAGUAAGCUUCUCUCUGUCCCAGCAUCAGGGCAUGAGACUCUCCCCUCUCUAGCUGUGAAAGCCCAGCUCUGUGACCAGAGUCAAGUCCCUGCCAUAACGCUAUUGGUGGGAAGCGAAAGGAGUGUUCUGGAACCCACACCUCUCCGCCAUCCCCACGCAGUCCAGACAAGCCACCGCACAGCAUCAUAUUCAGCUCCGUACCCCGUUUGCAAAAACUCCCUCUUCAGUCCUGUUGCUGCUGACCCAGAGGCUCCUCCCAGGGCUGUGGGACUGGAGUGGUUUCCAGAACUCUAUCUGGGUUAUGUUGGACUCGGGGUGUUGCCAAGGAGGCCUCAGCCUUGGACCUCAGUGCCUCAGACUCGUCCUCUUGCUGCUGCCCAGGGCGGGAGUGUCUGGAAAGUUCCUUGGUUGGGACGGAGCUCGGCUGAUAGCAGGAGUUUGGAACCCCUGGCGCUUACAACCUCCAGCUGCGCUCUAAUGAGCCUCUUGGGAGCUGUGCACAAAGGCUGGGUGAGGUGCAACACCACCGUAAAGAAGAGCGGGGUCGGGCGCCUCACAAUGCUCUUCGCUGGGUACUUCAUCCUGUGCUGCAGCUGGAGCUUCAAGCAUCUCAAGCUGCAGCGCUGGCGUAAGUAAUGUUGAGCACGUCUGGGAGCCACGAGAGUGUGACAGAGACAACUGCACAACAGAGAAAAUACUUAAUAUGUACAGGGUCACGGAGGGUGCAAGUAAUAAAACUACUGACAUCAGUUUUCUUUCUCCUUUUUUCCUUAAGCUGGAAUACAGUUUUAUUGGAGUUUCAGUGAAGAGAUGGAGCAGGCAAGC